AGGCUAGAGAGGGAGGAGUGCAACAGAAAGAGCGAGUCUUGUUUUUGGAGUGCGGUGUGACACUGGAGGAGGAACCACAUAUAUUCUUCAAGGGAGCCUGAACUUUAUUCUUGCCAAAUAAGAAAACUCUUACAAAACAAAAACAGGAAAAGAAGGAAAGAAGAAGAAGAAAUAAUGAAGGAUUUGGAGCAGGCAUUAGAACUGGGGGUCUCUCAGCAGAAAAGAUUCAACGCAACUCAACCCAAAGUUUGGCUAAGGAAUGAAUGUGUUCGUGUUGGACUUGCUGAAACCCUCUGCACAUAUGUCAUGAUGGUGUUUGGUCUGGGGUCUGUGGCCCAGGUAGUGACGGGGCAGGGAGCGUUCGGAGAGUACCUCAGCAUCAACCUGGGCUUUGGACUGGGUGUUGCUAUGGGGGUUCAUGUUGGAGGGAAAGUCUCAGGGGCUCACAUGAAUGCAGCAGUGUCAUUCACAAUGUGUAUGUUCGGCCGGCUCGGAUGGAAGAUGCUGCCUCUGUAUAUUUUUGCACAACUAUUGGGGUCAUUUCUGGCAGCAGGGACCAUAUAUGGCGUCUAUUACGAUGCUAUACAUGAAUAUUGUGGAGGAAACCUGACUGUAACCGGGGAACUGGCCACAGCUGGUAUCUUUGCCACCUAUCCCGCACCAUACCUCUCCUUGAUGGGGGGAUUCAUUGAUCAGGUGUUGGGCACAGCCUUGCUUCUGCUUUGCUUGAUGGCGUUGUCCGACCAGAGGAACAAACCGGCAGCAGCGGGCACGGAGCCCAUCGCAGUGGGUCUGCUGGUGCUGCUCAUCGGCAUCUCUAUGGGCAGAAACAGCGGAUAUGCUAUCAACCCCACCAGAGACAUCGCCCCCAGGCUCUUCACUGCUGUAGCAGGCUGGGGGGUGGACGUGUUCAGGGCUGGAAAUGGUUGGUGGUGGGUGCCACUGGUUGGGCCCCCGAUUGGAGGAGUACUGGGGGCAGGACUGUACAAGGUGUUGGUGGAAAUGCACCACCCCCACGUCUCUGAGCCGGUUGAUGGGCUAAUGGAGGAGUUUGAUGAGGAGGCUGCCCCCCUGAAGAAACAGAAGAUAAUCUGUGCCAAUACGUGGGCCAUUCCAGACUUGCUUUUGGACAACAUGCUCUCAUUGAGCAUAGCGAAGCUAACCAAACCCGACCCUUGAAGGACUUGCGAGCUGCUCCACUAACCCAUGUUAGACGGAAAAGCUGGUUGAAAGGUUUUCCUCUGAUGGAAACAUUCUCACCGCUUUCCCCCACUGUGGUGUCUCACUGCGCUGCUUUGGCUCUUUGCUGUGCUCCCUAGGCUGCAUGGUGUCGACUGCUUCUUCUUUAAGACAGGUACCUUGGCUUUUCCUUUGAAGGCCUUUGUAGGAUCCAGCUUGUUGAGGUGGGAAUCUCCUGCAGGAUCCACAAAGUUGAGCUCACUGCUGAAAGUCAGAGGCUGGUACAGUGAUGCCCACUGCUGCAGAGGGAACAGGAGGUAGAUUGUUUACAAUCUACUGUUCAUAGUUAUGUAGACUAAAUCAUAAAAUAACCUGUUCGUGGUUUAAGAACUGAGCGCAACAGUAGGCAUACUACAAGGAGAUGGCAAAAGCCCCAUCACUUCCUUAGGAAAAUGUUCCUAAUUUGCAUUCGCUGAAACAUUUGGCCUUCAGUGAACAGAAAUAAAUGUUUAUAUUUCUGAUGAAUAGGGUUAAAAACUGUUAGGCCUUGUGUAAGUGUCUAGACACUUUAAGUAUUAUGUCUUAAUGUGUUAAAUGAGCCAACUUUGUAGUUUACUGUGAAUGAAACCGAAUAAAUAAAAUGUAUUUUAUUACA